GCGCCGAGCGUCUCUCAGGUCGGGGGACGCAGACGAGACUCACAACACUUCUGUACGUGAACACAUGCAGUGAACAGCAAGUUUUUCCUGUGCGGACCGACUUUCAGCAGGGGCUGGAGUAUUUUCGCCUGUGUCUGUGAUGUGAUUCAGAGGAUAUUUUCCCUUUUUGUAGGAGUACACCUGAGCAGGGAGGAGAGCGUGUGGUAGUUGUACAAUGGCUAGACAGUCUCCUGAGCGCGAGCGACUGACCCAACUGAUUAACCAGUGGAAUGUGGACCACUACGAACUGUUUGAACUCAGCAAACCCAACGAGGAUUUAGAGUUCCAUGGUGUCGUGCGGUUCUACUUUCAAGGUGGGGAUGGAGCUAACGUCAUUACAAAGUGUGUUCGUGUAUCGAGCACUGCCACUACUAAAGAUGUCAUUGAAACACUCAUUGAAAAGUUUCGUCCUGACAUGCGGAUGCUCACUCAGAAUAAAUAUGCUUUGUAUGAGGUCCAUGUAAAUGGAGAAGAAAGACGCCUGGCAGACUUGGAGAAACCUUUGUGGGUGCAGCUUAACUGGGGCAAGGAUGUGCGUGAAGGCCGAUUUCUGUUAAAAAAUGAGAAUGAGGAAACUGUCAGAGAUAGAACAAAACUAGGAUUUCCACCAAAGGAAGAGACCAAUCCCAACUUCAAACGAAAACUGUCUAAGCGAGAGAAAAAAGAGAAGAAGAAGCGAGAUCAGGAACUAGCAAAGCAGGAUGAUUCGAUGGCAGGUAAACUGUACAGUGAGGCACCAGAGUCCAGCUUCACUCGCAGCAUCUCCAACCCAGAAGCUGUUAUGCGACGCCGGCGUCAGCAGAAACUGGAAAAAAAAUUGGCACAGAUGCAGAGUCGAGAGGGUGGACCAGAUUCUGGGGGCACGCUGAAGAUCUAUGGCGGGUCGUUGCGGCCUGAUGUCCCCUACAAGACGCUGCUGCUGUCGACGGCCGACACGACCCUGGCGGUGGUGCGCGAGGCCAUGGAGAAGUACGGCCUGGAGAAGGAGGACCCGGAGGAGUACUGCCUGGUGGAGGUAUUGUUGCCUCCUGGUAGUCGUGAGUAUCAUGGAGACAGUGCUGGUGAUGAAAGGGUUUUAGAUGACAGCGAAUGUCCUCUGGCCAUAGUUAUGCAGCAUCCUGAAAACAGAGGACAUGUCAUCUUUCAGCUGCGUCGUCGGAAAGAAAAUCAGAAGCAGCGAAGUAAAAGUCGUCCAAGAGCUGUUUCUCAUGAUGAUCUGCGCAAAACCCAUGAGCACAGUGUGACUCAGGUGGAUAAACUCCCUUAUCUUGUCGAGCUCAACCCUCGGGAUGGAAAACCUAGAAAACAUCUCCUACCACUCAAUGUGACCGAAGUUGGAAGAGACAAGCCAAGGAACCCUGGCAACCAAGUUUUGCAGCUGCAAGGGCCUGACAUUCAGCCUCGCCAUUGUGUGAUUGCCCACACAGAAGGCAUAGUUACUAUAACACCCUCCACACGAAAUUCAGAAAUUUUUAUAGACCAGCGACCAGUCUAUGAGACAACAAUGCUGCGGCAUGGCAUGACAGUGCAGUUUGGAAGAAAUCACUUAUACAGAUUCGUUGAUCCACGCAUUGAAGAGGUAUCUAAACAACCUGUACCAGCACCACGUAGCUUACCUCCUCAGGAAACAAAUUUUGACUUGGACGGCCAUGUUGAAACAGUGUCUUCACAGCAAGGGCCACGACAGAAUAAAUCCCAGGCUCCACAAAGAGAUGCUCUUCAAGGAAGGGCUCCAACAACACAGUUCCCAUCUGCCAAUGGCCACGAGAAUCCACCAGAUCUUCUUCCAGCCUCGUUGGAAUACCGUCUUGAAGCUGAAGACAGACUGCUUCAAGCAACAAUUCUAGAAGUCAACAGCAGGGCCGUGCAGUUUAAGCUUGCACCGACAUACACCUUAUACAUGGCUGUUCGCCGUCUGUGGGCUGCUCGAACUCAGCUGGGCAUUGCACCGCACAAUCAUUCACAGAUGGUCUCGGAUUUUGUUAGGAAAACAUCAAAGUUUAUUCAGCAGGCUAUUCAGGAGCACCACAAUAAUCCAACCGCCUUGGCUUUCUGGAUGGCAAAUGCAUCGGAAGUCCUACAUUUCUUCAAGCAAGAUGCAGAUAUUCAGGUUUACAGCUCAGACUCCCAGGAACUUUUAGCAGAAGCCGUGCAAAUGGCAUUUCAUCACCUGGUCAGAUGUCUGCAGGGAGAUCUUCAGCGUGUGAUGCCAGCCUUUCUGAACCCUUCCAGUGUUGUUGAUGAUGAAAAUGCUCCUCCUGAUCCUUACGCUCAUGGCAGUCCAGUUCUCACGGAUGUCCUCAACACACUGUCUGCUGCUAUGACUUUACUGCGACGCUGCCGUGUUAAUGCAGCACUGACCAUACAGCUGUUUUCGCAACUCUUCCAUUUCAUCAAUAUGUGGCUCUUCAACAUCCUUGUCAUGGAGCCCCAGCUACGUCUGUGCACCAGAGCCUGGGGCCUGCGCCUCAAACGACGACUGGGACGCGUGGAGGCCUGGGCUGAGAAACAGGGCCUGGAGUUAGCUGCUGAUUGCCAUCUUUGUAGAAUUAUUCAGGCUGCACACCUGCUACAGGCACCUAAAGCCACUGCAGAUGACAUCACCAACAUUAGUUCCACAUGCUUCAAGCUGAACUCUCUGCAGUUACGUGCCCUUCUGACACAGUACAUUCCAGAUGCUGGUGAACCACCAGUCUCUCCUGGUUUUGUAGAGCGCGUUGUGGUCAUUGCAGAAAACAUGGCCGAUGAGUUAACAAGGACUGAUGGUAGAGAGGUUCGUUUAGAAGAAGACGCAGAUCUUCACCUGCCUUUCUUGCUGCCAGAGGAUGGUUAUUCAUGUGACACAAUUAGGGGGAUCCCCUCUGGCUUGCCAGAGUUUGUGACUCAGCUGACCAACAUAUGUCACUUGAUUCCAAACCCUAAAGCCAGUGGUAGCUGGACGGUGUACAUGGGCCCUUCACAUCUAGAACUGCCUAGCCCUACCGGAGGCCAGCCGGAGAUAAUGACUGUUUCGUUUAAAAAAGUGAAAGGCAGUAUGGGAUUGAGCAUUGUUGCUGCUGUGGGAGAAGGACUUCAAGAGCGAGGGAUAUACAUUAAGUCUGUUGUGCCAGGUGGCGCUGCUGCUUUGGAUGGACGGCUAAAGGCUGGUGACCAACUUCUGGAGGUUGAUGGCAAAAGUCUUAUUGGACUUUCGCAAGACAAGGCUGCCGAGCUGAUGACUCAGACGGGAGAUGUGGUGACACUCCGUGUGGCUAAACAAGGUGCUAUCUACCAUGGACUGGCAACUCUGCUUAGUGAGCCAUCUCCAGUUACCCAGCGACAUCAAAUGAAGGAUGGACCUGGGGGUGUCACUGGCCCAUCCAUGAUGCGUGGGGAGGAGGGACCACCUCCGUACAUCGACAGACGACAGAAUGGUCCAAGUGAACCUCAGAGGGUCCCACAGAAUCAACAGCGACCUGUACCCCAGCCGCGCAGUCAGGCAGGUCAGGUGAUGCAGACAAACAGAGAUGGUCCAGACCGAUUGCGUUCACCUUCAACAGGCAAUCUUGCCAGUAAUCAGUACUCCCCUCAAGAUCCUGGAAGCUACAACAGACGAGAAAUUGACCCACGCUCAAAGUCCACCUCAAACUUGCAUGUGGACACCUCAUUUGAGCGCACUGAUCUUCACCCCCACAUGCGUGGGGCUGCAUCUGUAGGCAUGCUUCAUCCAUCAGCACAGGGUUAUCCCCAGUACCCACCUGCAGGACAGCGACAUGACAACCUCCACAGUGACUAUGAAAAUCAACCUCAGGGCAAUGCCAGCAGUGGGCCAGGUAGCUAUCACGAGACCAACCAAAAUGUCAAACCAGGCGUCGGAAACAUUGUGCCCAACUCCCAGCAUCUUCAGCCAGGUGGUCACCGGCCAUCAGACCGUUCAUCUGUGUCCUCCAGGACUUCUUCAAAUAGUGCAAGAGACAUGCGACCACAGUCUGCAUAUUAUGAUACCCAGGGGCCUCAUGAUGAUUACAACAGCUUUGGUGCACGACCCAAAUCGGAAGAUGUCUCCAAUAAAUUACGAGAAUGGCAGGAUAAGUAUGACCCACAGGCACAGAUGUAUAGAGAUGUGAAUGGAAAUAACCACAGCCCACCCUAUGUCAACCAGAACCAAGGUUUUCGCAGUAGUGAUGGUCCAGGGCAGAGUGCUGGCCAGAGCAGAGGUCCUUCUCGUGAACUUGACAUGAAUCAAGGUCCUCAGUUUGCCAGUCAUAAUGCAGCCUUGAAACCAUCUGAUUCAGCCAAUCACAGCCCACCAUACACCAACAUUGGGGCCAUGUCUCACAGCCGUGCACAACAGCCAUCAGAACCAAAGUUAACUGCCCAUCAGAGACUUUUUGGAAACCAGGGUGUCACUCAGUCUUCCAGUUCUGGGGCUUCUAAGACAGGUGGUAACAGUCAGCAGCGGCCGCCCAACCUUUAUGAAAACGCAGUGCAGGAGCCUCCCCAGCCUUUCCAGCGACUUCCGAGUGAAAGCGACAAGUCUAAGCCUGUUAUCAUGCCUAAACCAUCUGUGGCAACCAAGAAACCGCAACCUAACUCUCAGCCAUCUGAAGUUUCUUUCAGUGUUACUGACAAUCGCCAAAUACAGCCUGGCUUCUAUGGCAACAGCUCCAGGUCAGGUGCUGGGUCUGGAGGACCUCAGCAGUACCAGCAGGUUGGGUAUCCAGAUCAGCGGGGCCCUACAGACCUCACAGACUCUAGAAACAGAACACAGCAGCAAGAUUUACGAUCACCUCAGCAAGAUCCCAGAUCUCUUCACCAGAAUGAGCCAAGGUCACUGCAGCAGCAGGAUUCCAAAUCGCCCCAGCAACAGGAUCCUCGAUCAUUUAUGCAGGAUCCCAAAACUGUUCAUCUGCAAGACCCCAGGUCCUUUCAGCAGCAAAACCAGUAUGUGUUGCAUCCGCAAGAUCCACGGAUCUUGCAGCAAGAUGCAAGGCUGGGUCCACAAUAUACCAUUGAUCCCAGGCAGGGCUACUCUAUGCAAAAGUUUCCAUCUUUGCGGGGAGAUCCUGGCCCUUACGGCUAUCCCGCAAAUCAGUCUGACCUCCCACCUCCACCCUUGCAUGAUCUCCCACCAGAAUUGCCUCCCCCACCUGUGGAGCAUGAAGAACUGCCUCCACUUCCCCCACCCCCAGUGCAAGAUAUAUAUGAACAACAGCUUCAAGAGGAACAGAGGCGAAUGAUGGAGGCUCUAAGCUCCGACUCGACACUGAUUCAACCCUACGACAGAUUUGGACCACCAGGCAGUGUAGGAGGUAGUGAUAUGCAGCCCCGUCCUCCCUCCACGGUGUACAACCCCUUGCAUCAUGGUAUGCAACAGUCACAAGGGCAAGGCCAGCAAGCACCAAACUAUCAAAAUAUCAACUUUGUCUCGGAGGUACGAGCAAACUCUGGUCCAGCUUCUCAGGUACCCCCACCUAUCCCUCAGCCUUCAAUGGAGCAUAAUGUGUAUGAACAGUAUAACUCGCGUUCUCAGCCCUCCAUUUCUCAGACACAGAGAACAGUGCCAGCAUCUCCUUAUCAGCAGCAACAGACACCUGCCACACAACCACCGCAGUCGUCUUCCCAGACAUCUAGUGGCUACUCCAUGGCCUCAGCCUGGGACAGAGAGGAGAAGGAGAAAGCGCAAGAGCUGCAGGCAGAGGAGCUUUUCCGUGCUCGCGAGGCAGAGAUUGCUGAAUUGGAGUCGCGCAUGAACUUUUUGAGCCAGCCGGAGCUGGAGCGCCUACGGAAGCUGAAGCUGGAGCACGAGUUUCAGCGACGAGUACGAGAGAUUGAUGAGAAGGGUGACUAUGAAGUGGAUGAUGACGACAUGUCAGAGCGACUUUUUACCCGCGAGCGAUUAAUACAGUCUCUGAAAGAUGACCUGGAAAAGUCACAGCAACGGCUGCAGGAACUCAGUCAUCGACAGAUGUUGCAGGAUGCUCAGAAAGAGAAAGAGCGGCUUCAGAGGUUGGAACGAAGGCUGGAAAUGAUGGAGAAAGACAAACUAGAGAUGAAAGAACGGAUGGAAAAACGGUCUCAGCGUCGAGUUCGUGACCACCAAGAAUUGCUCCGACAACAGAGGGAAGCAAGGGAGAAGCAGCGACAGAAUUACGAAGAACAGAAAAAACUGCUGAUGAUGGAAGAAGAAAAAAUGAGACUUCAGCGAGAGGAGGAAGUGGCCAAACGACGACAAAUGGAGCGAGAGAGGAUGCAGGAGCUUCAGAUUGCCCGUGAUAAUGAGGAGGCCAGACAGCGGGCAGAGGUUCGACGCCAGAAAGAUGAUUACAUCACACAGCAGAUGUUACAGCAGCAACAACAACGCCAGGAGCAGAACCGUGAAAUUCGUGUGGCUGAUGAGCGGCGGCGACUUGAGUCUUUUGGUGGUGGAGGAGGAGGUGUAGGAGUGGCCACCAACAAUGGUGUGUCCACAUUGACUAACAACAACACUCAUCUCAAUAACGGUGUUGGUGCUGGAAACAGACCUGCUACAUCAGGCUUGGGUUACCAGCAGUACAUGAACUUACCACCAUCACAGGCUCAGACUUUAGAGAAGGAAAACCUUGCCCCCCCACCACCAGAGCGCAGGUCUUCAUACAAUAUGUCUGUAACCCGCAACAGCUCUGACUACACCAGUCUACCUUUUCCACAGGCUCCAGCCCAGCAGCCACUACAACAGCAGCAAAACCCAAAUCCUGCACCAGCCAAAAAGUCUGUUUCUUUUAACACCAGCAUGAAUACUUAUCAGGAGCGAACACCAUCACACUCUUUUUCAUCUGAUCACAAUUUCUCACCAGUAGACCAGGUUUCGGAAGAAUCAAAUGAAGUUUUCCAAUCUCCACUCAAAAGACACACACCAGCACCACAAGUUCGACAGGAAAGUACACCCAACGUGAUAGGUUCCCAGGAGGUUUACCGCGAUCCUCGGUCUCGAAUUGAAGCAGAAAAAGCCCAUCUGAAUCCAAACAAAAGACCAGUCAAUGAGCGGAUGUCUUUUAGAGACAAGAUGAAGUAUUUUGCACAAGAGGCAGGAGAAGAUAUGCCCAAGAACAAACCCAAGGCAUCCAAGACUUUGCGCAACAUCGAAUCUCAGUUGAACGGACAGUAGGCAUGUUCAUUGUUUUAGGUGAAAGCAUUUUGGCAUUGACACAAUUUCAGGUGAUGUGUGGUGUGCAUCAGCAUUUAUUUGUUGAUGGCAUAUUCACUGUGCAGAAUGGCCUUCUCUGGACAAAGAAAUUCGGCUUGUAUGUGAGGUGAUAAUGGUGAUGUAGUGAAAGCAGUCUGUGGUGUGUUGAUGUCUUGGGUGAUGGUAAUAUCCAUGGUGGUAUGUGAUGAUAUGGAUGAGGUGUUGGCAAGCAGCGUUUUCCUGGUGAAUGUCAGGUGUGAUUUAUGCAACUAGUUUGUUUUCAAUAGUUACAUUGGUUAUUCAUGAAAAUAGGUCAAACAAUUUUUUUAUUAUGAUAAUUGAGUAUGUGGGUUGUUGAUCUAGCAUUCUGGGCAAGUCUUUAAAUUUAGACCUUUUUUUCAUAUCAAAGAAAAAUUUUGAUAAAACUCUUUUGCACGCCCUCUGUCUGACUUCAUUAAGAAAAUAAGUGAUCAAAACAAGCAGUUCAUUUGAAAUGAUAAACUUUGUGCAAAUAUAUUGAAAAGUGUUGUCAUCUAAAUGUUUUGUUCUUUGAAGUGUACUUUGACCUUCAGGUUUUAAGAGUAGCUAAGAGGCGUCACAUAAAAUGGGAUAGGAAGUAACACACAAGUUAUGGGAGGUAAACAAUCUCCAAGUGAUGACAAUGCAAACUACAUUUCUAUUUCCCUUUUGUGAGCAUUUUUCUUCAGGAGCUUUAUUCUUGGAGCACUUGCAAAGAACAAAUUUUAAAAAUUGUAUGCUGUUGGGAACCAUGUCUUACAAGAACAUAGAAUUUCAAAGCAUUUUUUUUUUCAACAUAGUCGGGGCAGCAGAACAUUCAACCCCAACGAUAUUUAAAAAAUCAUACUACAUCUUAUUAGGAUAGUGUGUUAAUUAGUAGGUACUUGUAAAUAUGUUCGUUUUCAAGAAGGCUAUUUUUGUACUUGUGAUCCAUGUUAUGAACGGCAACAUGGUGGGUGGGUGGCUGGGACUGGGUUGACAAAAGUUGCCUGUCACACAAAUAAGACAAACUUAUUGUCAAAGAAGUAUGCAAAAUUUUGUUGCAAUGGGGAUAACCACUUCUAGCAGCUCAGAUUUUUGGUCCGUCCUCUACAUCAGCCCACAAGCGUUGUUGCAGGUUGCCUGUCUUAGGAAUUUUUACCUUUCACUGAGAUACAUUUGGCUUUAUCUUAACAACCAUUUUAAUGUCAGUGCCUCUGGAAUUAAUAUUAGAGUAACAUUUAUGACGCAUAUGCUUUAUACCGUUUACAUUUCAGUAUGUGCAACUAAUAUUUACCUGAAGUCUGUGUACAGGUCUGCUUUUCUACUCACUGUUUCUUUCCUCUCUGCAAAGUGUGAAUGUGGAAACUUCAAAUGACACAUUCUUUCUAGAAAAUAAGGUUCUGUUCAGUUAAACAAAAGCUAUUUUUUUACUUGUCUGUUAAUUAUAAAGAGUUUUGAUUGCAGCUGCACUUCUUAUAAAAACCAAACCCACUUGGCGAUUCAAAGACGGUAAACUUUUGGCAUAAAUUUAGCAUCCAUGCCUUUAAAAUUCAACGAUGAACUGGUCUCUAGCCUCAUGAUUGGUUCUGCCUGGUCUUCCAUUUUCCUGCUCCCAUCCCCGUCAAAACAUGACUGCCACACUUUGUAUAUAAGAAACUCAGCACAGAAACUUCAAUUCAGUGUGCACAACAAGACAGAAGUUGGAGUUGGUCUUGGUGUACACGUUUGUAGCAGAGAUAAAUGUCUAGGUAUGAAAUAAAGACGAGUGCAAAGAUGAAGAAACUUGGAUUUCUUUUCCUCACGUUUCUACUUGCUAUGUAAAAUUCUGCCUCCUGGCAGAUACAGGUGUUGGCAUAGGCUUGUUUGGUAAUGAAAUGGUGCACAUGAUGCUGAAAAUGACUUUCUGUUCUGUGGAGUCCCUAGAGUAUGGUUCUUGAAUUGACUCUGCAGCUUUAGCAUAUGCCCAAACUCUAAAGUGUCACGUGCGUAUUGAAAUGCAUAUCCCCAAACAGAAGAGUGUCAUGAAUUUUGCAGGCAGUGAAAAGUGGUAUGUUGGCUCUAGCUUCAGGACAUCUGCAGCCCACUUUAACAUGCAGACUCACUGUGAAGACAAAAUGUGUGUUCGCUGCCCCUAGGUCUUGCAGAAUGUAGAAUAGGAAAUGAACAACCUUAGACUUGCUGGAAGUAUUGAGCAAUGCUGUCUAGAUGUAUAUAUUUGUGAAGGUUCUGUUCUGAUGUUCUGCAUAUUUUUGCCUGAACUUUGAUCAUAGAACUGUUGAUAUAUGUCCUCCCCCAUCACAUGUUGCCCAUCAUCUUAAAAUAUGUAAAUGCUGCUCUGUAUGUACAAAGUUCUCAUUUAAUUUUUUUUUAAUGUUAAGGUGGGACUUGACAUUGUUUGCACAUAUUAUACAAGUUAUUAUUUUCCAGAGACUUGUGAUAACAAUGGCAAUGGUAUGCAAAAUGUUAUGUGCUUAAAAGCAACUCUGUAAAGUAACUAUGCCGGAUUCUUUUUUCACCUGUGUUCUUGGCCCACCUGCUGCCAGACAUAAAUAACCAUAAUCAAAGUCAUAGUAUCAUACUUUGGGCCACUGUUAUUUCACUCCUGUUGUCGGUGUGCUUGUUUGUGAAACGGCACAAAGAGGGCAGCAUGCUAUGUCAAUGCUUAACCAAAUUUUAGAGAAACAUAUAUACUGAUAAUCUAGACUGUAGCCAUUUUGCAUAUCAAAAAAUGACUCUAUGGUUGUGAUGUACGAAAUGAUCAUGUAAGCCUUGUCUGUGUUAAGGUGACAGUUUAAAAGCCACAAUCGGAAUCAUGUUUCCUCAUAUUUCGCUGUGUGCUAGUUGAUAGGAUCCACAAGAAAUGUUAAGUUUGUAAACCAUUACCACUUUCAUUGAAGGAGUUGAAUAAAGAACAUGUUCUUUUGAUGCAUUGCCUUCGGCUACACCUUGUUAUUUGUUCCAUGAAAUAAAUUUUGUUACAUAAGCAUAUAUUUAUUAUCUCAAUUGCAUUGUCAUCACUGGUUUUGCCUAUCACUGUAAUGUAUGAUACACUCACUGCAUUUGCUUGACCACAUGUUGCUGUCGUGUAAGAUAUGCAACUAUAUCUUGACCUGGUUAUGUCUGGCCAAAUGUUUAAUCAUGUUGUUUAUAAAGCAUCAGACACAGCAUUGUGUCUGUCUUUUGUAGUAAUGUGAAUGGGGGAAAAAAUGGUAAACAGCCACAACUGUAAAGGAGAAUCCAUUAUAUCACAAACACAAUCAAUCCGCUUGACUAAAACAUUCCUCUGUGCAUUUCAGUAGCCAUUAAUUAUCAAUAUCUUCUUUUUUUUUUUUUUAAAUAAGUUCGGAGGGGGAAGGGGCAGAAUUCUUUGUUAAUAUGUGUAUUUAUGCAGACCAUUAAGGUAACCAUUAUUACACAUUAAAGUAUUUAUGCAGAAAGAA